AUGUCCGCCAAGCACUUCAUCCACGACCCCACGCACCUGGUCAACCGCGCGCUGCAGGCCGUGACGCACACUAACCCGGCCGUCGCGCUCGAUGCGGAGAACAAGGUCAUCUACGUGCGGCCCACGCCCGCCACCGCGCAGAGCGUCUCGCUCGUGUCGGGCGGCGGCGCCGGCCACGAGCCCAGCUUCGCCGCCUUCGUCGGCCGCGGCAUGCUCGCCGGAGCCGUCUCCGGCACCAUCUUCGCCAGUCCCAACGCGGAGCAGAUCAGACGGUGCAUCUUGAAGCGCGUGGAGAGGCAGAAGGGUGUUUUGGUUAUCGUGAUGAACUACACGGGUGACGUCCUGAACUUCGGCAUGGCGGUCGAGAAGGCGCGCGCUAGCGGAACCGAGGCGGAAAUGGUCGUCGUUGCCGACGACGUGGGCGUGGGCCGGCAGCGCGGCGGCAAGGUGGGCCGGAGAGGCAUCGCCGGGACGGUGCUGGUGCAGAAGAUUGCCGGCGCGCUUGCCGCGAAGGGUGCCUCAUUGAAGGAUGUCACGGAUGUGGCCCGCCUCGUCUGCCGAAACCUGGCCUCCAUCGGCGCAUCGCUUGCCCACGUGCAUGUUCCGGGUCGCGCUGUGACCGGACCGACCGAGGAGGACCUCAAGGAUUCGGAGGUUGAGAUUGGCAUGGGUAUUCACAAUGAGGCUGGUUCGGAGCGCAAAGAAGUCGACUUGCCUUCCAUGGUCAAGAAUAUGCUGGCGAAGCUCCUGGAUACGACUGAUGCCGAUCGAAACUUCAUCCAGAUCUCAGAGAACGACAAGACCGUGCUUCUGGUGAACAACCUAGGCGGCGUUAGCCCGCUCGAGCUGGGCGGCAUCACGGCUGAGGUUGUCGAGCAGUUGGAGGCGAACUGGAAGAUCAAGCCGGUCAGGAUCCUGUCGGGCACUUUCAUGACGAGUCUCAACGGUCUCGGCUUCAGUAUCUCACUCCUCAAAGUCACAGACACUGGUCUGGGAAGCGGAAAGUCGAUUCUUGAGCUUCUGGAUGAUCCUGCGGAGGCCCCCGGCUGGUCUGCUGCAAUCACCACCAAGACCUGGGAGGAGAAGUCGACAGCGACUCUGAACAAGGACGCAGUUGGCGAAGAAGACGCCAAACCAAGCAACCUGGAAUUGGAUCCGGCUGUGGCCAAGAAGGCGCUUGAGGCUGGCCUGAAGCAAGUCAUUGCGGCCGAACCGGACAUCACAAACUAUGACACCAUUGUUGGCGACGGUGAUUGUGGUAUUGGUCUCCGUCGUGGUGCCGAAGCCUUGCUCCACAUGCUGGAAUCGACCAAGACGCCCAGUGAUGCAGCACUCUUGUUGCACAACAUCACGCAAGUGGUUGAGAAGGAGAUGGACGGCACAUCUGGUGCAAUCUAUGCCAUUUUCCUCAAUGCACUAUCCCACGGCCUCCGUACCCAGGCCAACGGCUCUCCCAAGCAGGUAACGGUCGAGAUGUGGUCGAAAGCGUUGCAAAUCUCACUCGAUUCGCUGGCGAGGUACACUCCUGCCCGUCCUGGUGACCGGACUUUGGUGGACGCGCUGUAUCCGUUUGUGGAGACUCUCGGAAAGUCUGGAGACGUGAAGGCAGCGGCGAAGGCGGCAGAGGAGGGCGCGAACGGAACGAAGGGCAUGCACGCCUCUCUGGGAAGGUCAGUCUACAUCGGAGGAAGCGGGUACCAGCAAGUUCCGGAUCCUGGCGCCCAUGGCUUGAGUCAAUUCUUGACGGGCUUCAGCAACAGCCUGUAG